AUGAGGAGCUCACCAAGAAGAAGAAUGGCAAGAUGGCGGGCACCAAGAAAAGGGCAGGGAAGAAGAACAAAAAGGGAGGAGGAAGACAAGAACAAAGAGGAGGAGGAGGAUGCGCUCGAGAAUAGCAGCCAAGAUGUCCUAGACGAUGAGGUGGAGAUCAAGACAAAGAACAAGGAUACCAAGAACAAAAUGCAUCGAUCCAAGAAGGCCAACAAGACUAAGCGCAGAAAGGAGGAGAAGGCCAAGAAAAGGCCCGGGAAGAAGAAGCAUGAAGACAAGGAGAAGAAGGAGGAGGAGGAGGAGGAGGACAAGAUUAAGGAAGAAGUGGAGAAACAUGCCAAGAAGGAGGCACUCCAGGCCAGGAAGAAGAAGUAG